AUAACAUCUUAAUGAGUAAUGACCCCUACUAAUGGCCAUUUCCGAAACGUACUGAUCUUAUGAAUCUCUAAACUAUAAGUAACUAAAAUAUUUAUAACAAGCUUAUUAGAAAAUACAAAGCCAAUCCUAACACCACGAGAAACAUCUAAUAAUCAUGAUAUUGAAGGAUCAAUAGCUAAACAAUUCAGUUAUUAUCAUAAAUAAGAUUUUAUCAACAAAAAUGAUGAUAUAGAAGGUGCAAGAUCAAAGUCUAAUAUACGUCCUUCUAAUAGACAAGAUCUACAGUUAGCUAUAGAUGACAUCAAAGGUACUAGACCAAAUAUUGUUAAAUUUUAAACAUCCCGUUAACCACUUAAUCCUCUUGAACCAUAAUAUAAACUACCAACUUUUAUAGCCUCUUAACCACAUUAACCUAAAUUUAUUAGAGAUGGUCAUAACAUCUAAGAUAUUUAAGGAGCUUAACCUAAACAAACACAUAAGAAACUCAUUAUAAAAGAUUCAGAACAUGAAGAUAUCUAUGGAUCCCAUCAAAUCCCUAAAUUCAUUCCUAAAGGUAUAAAAUCAAUAUAUUCUUUUAGAUAAAAUUGAAUCCCUCUAUGUUAAAGAUAUCAAUGAUUAUUUAUUGCAUAAAACUACUAGAAUUUCUAAUCCACUAGAACCUACUUAUGAACAUUAUGAUGAUAAAGGGUAUUUAUUUAAUUAAUUAAAUUAUUUUUAGAAAUAAAAUUAUUAUUGGCAAAAUUGAAGGAAGUUAAAGUAAACCAUUAUAUUUGAAAGAAUAAAGACAGAGUUUAUUAAAUUCUGAUAUUGAAGGAACGAAAACUGGAUCAUUAUCCUCCAGAUUUCUAAGAACUGGAGAUAGAAAAGAUUAUCGUGAAACUAACAGUCUUGCAGAUUUAUAAGGAGCAAAAUCAGGCUCUUUGAAAAAAGGAUUGCCUAAUGUUCGAUACACAAAUCCUUUAAAUCCAUAAUAUUAAAUACCUGGAUCAAAAGAAAUUUAUGGUUCUGUUUUUACAUAAACUGCUUCUAAUCAUUUCACUAAAGCUCAACAAUUUGAUUAAUUUAUUUAGAAAAAAUGA